UCAUAUUAAAAAAAACUUGAUUUAAUAUGUAGCAUUCUGCGAACCAACAAUCUAUUACUCAUCAAAAUCAAGAUAUAUUUUUUUAAAAUAUCCCAAAACUUUAAUAUACAUAGUUUGUGUAAAAAACUACCUUAGUUUACAAAGAAAUGAAGUUUAAAAGUAACUAAUCUAGAUAAAUAAGUUUUGAAAGGACACUAAUUUGGGAAAAAACAGUCGCCGGAGUUUGGAACCAGCAUCUUACAUUGAUAAAAAUAUUUAUCAGUUACCUAAUUCAAAUCAUCAUUAAUGUGUUGUUAGUUUUAACAACUUGCUAACCAAAAAAAGAAAAGGAAAAAAAAGAAGAAAAUAAAGCUCACUAGCUAGCCAUGCUGAUCAUCAAACUGUCCUACCAAGCAAUAGGCAAUAGCGUACGAACUCAGCGCUCAGUCGUCAACAAUGCCAGGCCCCGGACCGCACUUGAUGUACACCAUGGCUUCGGGUCUGGCCCUUACCACGUUGACCAGCGGCCGGUUCAGCCCUCACCACACCCUCUUUUACACCAUCAACGCCUUUUUUGGCCCAGACAUCGGCUCCUUCUCCGAGUGGCUAGGCUCCAUCCUGGGUUCUUCCUUGCAGCUUUUAGGCUCUUCACUAGCUGACUAUAUCCACGACCCCUUUUACUAUAUCUUGAUUUUGGGUCUUCCUUUGUGUGUUUUGUACACCUGGGUCUCUAAAAUUUUGCUUCAAAGGAAGCUGCUUGAUUCAGUUUCUGGGCUGCCCCUUUCAAAGAGGCAAUGCUUCUUGUUGGUGUCCGCAGGAAGUUUAUCACACUUUUUCCUAGAUCACUUGUUUGAGGAAAAUGGACAUUCAUCAGUGUAUACUUGGAUAUUGAGCACUGGUUGGUGGAAGAAUCGAGCACCUGUCAAUCCGGACGCUGUUUUUGUUGUUGGAUUCUUGUGCACGUGCUUAAUUGGUGGCUUUAUUUAUCUUAACAGGGUGAAGCCUUCAAAGUCAACUAGAAUACAAUCGUACAAGUCAUUGAAACUUGUCUUGAUCAUUGCGAGCCUCUAUUGUGUAUGGUGCGGAAGCCAGAUAUACAUGGUGAAUCCUCGUCGGCCAGCAGUCGGUGAAGAGGCUGAUCUCGGAGUUCUUGUAUUUUUAGCCACCUAUUUUUUCCUCCCUCAUUGGUUUUGUAUUAUGUCCAUGAACCCAAAAGACCAUGGCUCGGAUCAGCUUCCAGUUUGAUAGAAUUACCACUACUAAGAUGGUAGAAAAUCCAGUUCAUAUACUUAUAUUUAGUUGCAAUGAUCGAUGCUGAGCAUAAAGGAUUUUAGUUUAACCA